CGCAGACUCGCACGGCCACAUCCGUGACGUCGACGCCGUGGUUCAACGUUCAACGUUCAAUAUUCAAUAUUCAAUCCUCAUCCUUCCUUUUUAAAACUGUUGCCAUGUUUGUCGGAUGCGAAUCGGGCCCAAGCUGAGCGGAUCGAACGGUUAGCAAACAUAUAUAAGAUACCUGACCGUGGUCUUGCAAGCCCCGUAGUUGCGAUGGAGGGAUCACUGGCGUUGAUCUUCGUGUUGGCGCCGUUUGUUUGGUUCCCUUCAAUUCGGUGCGAUCUCAAGCACGACCAUUCUCCGUGCUCCUUUUCAGGGAAAAAUGUGUCGGGUUCUGGUAACGUAGAAGCAGCGGAUGAUUUGUGUCUGUAUUCGCGUCUGAUAGCUUUUGCCAGACCGACCUGCGCUUCCAAUCAUCUGCUGCGAUGGCUCUUCAAGAAGCUGCUGAAGCAUACCUCAUCUCAUUGUUCGAGGACACCAACUUGGCUGCUAUUCACGCAAAGCGUGUUACCAUGCAACCUGGCUGAGUUGUAUUCUAUUGUAUUGAUAUCUAUUUUUCAUACUACUGACUGGACCAUUUUGGCGAAUGACGAGCUGAUUCCACUUACUUUACGUCUGACAACUUACGUCGUUGGCAUCGAGCAUCAAUGUUUAUAUUCUGAGUACAAUUUAUUGGACGCCCGGGUCUACCAUGACACGUCAUACUCCCUCAUCAUGCCCUCGUCCUCCAUGGCAAACGAGAACUUCGCCCCACUGGAUUUUCUGAGCGUGCCUUCACCGACUUCCUACUCUUCUGGAAGUGUACCAGAAACAGUACACGAGAGAGCUAGCACUCUGAUCACCGGACGCUGGGAGAGCGCCUCCUGCGAGAGCGUGCUGACGAGCGAUGAGGGGUGCUGAGGAUUGACGACCGCUGGACUUGUGACAUAGCCGUCCUCCUGCGGCGCGAUCAUUGGUUGAAUCUCUGACAUUUCGACCCUUAAGUAGCCGUGGAACGCGUAACAAUCCUGAGACUGGGUGCGGUCCACCACAACAUUAACUACAAACGCCCACAUGUCAACGACAACCAAGAACAACCAAAGAAGAAAAAAUGCACCAUGAGACUGAAGCAAGUGGUUCGAAAGACUAAGUCAUAGUUCUCCGAUAAAUGUACUUGUA